CGCGGGCACUCGGGCCCGGUGAGGGACGCGCCGCGGCCGCCGCCAUCGCCAUGGUCUCCUGGAUGAUCUCCCGGGCCGUCGUGCUGGUGUUUGGGAUGCUGUAUCCUGCAUAUUACUCAUACAAAGCUGUGAAGACAAAAAAUGUGAAGGAAUAUGUUCGCUGGAUGAUGUAUUGGAUCGUGUUUGCUCUUUAUACAGUUUCUGAAACAAUAACUGACCUAACAGUCUCUUGGUUUCCACUCUACUAUGAACUGAAGAUAGCUUUUGUUAUUUGGCUCCUUAGCCCAUAUACUAGAGGGGCAAGUUUAAUCUACAGAAAAUUUCUCCACCCGCUUCUUUCUUCUAAAGAAAGGGAGAUUGAUGAGUACAUUGUACAGGCCAAAGAAAGAGGCUAUGAGACCAUGGUCAAUUUUGGAAAGCAAGGGUUGAAUUUGGCAGCAACUGCUGCAGUUACAGCAGCUGUAAAGAGUCAAGGUGCUAUAACUGAGAAACUGAGAAGUUUCAGUAUGCAUGAUUUGACUACUAUACAAGGAGAUGAGCCAGUAGGACAGAGACCCUAUCAGACUUUACCAGAAGCAAAAAAGAAAACCAGAGCCUCUGCAAGUGAGUCUUCAGGUUACAAAAGUUCACUGGAAAGAAAUCCUGGAGAUGAUAAAACAGAUGAAGAGAUGGAGGGAACACACUCUGAGGAUGAAAUGUUAGCUCAGAGAGGCCUUCGAAGAACUCAGAGCAUGAAAUCAGUGAAAACUAUUAAAGGCCGUAAAGAGAUACGGUAUGGAUCACUGAAAUACAGAGUAAAGAAGAGACCUACUGUAUACUUCUGAGUGUAUCGCACAAUGCCUGCAAGACAAACUGCUGUAUGAUAGUAACUUGAAUUCAGUGCAUCAAGUGUGAAAGAUCUUUGUAUGAUUUAUAUAAUGAAUAUGUAUUAAUAGAUAUGGUAGGACUUGGUUUUACGAACCUAAGUGGUCGGAUAAAGUGUUACUCUGCUUUUCUGUAAUUGCUUAUUGUUUCGACUUAAAUCUGGACAAGUUAUAGUAUGAAUUUCAGUACUCCUUAAAUGGGAAUUAAAUGAGUAACAGGAAACAGCCUUUUUCCAGAGGUACUGAACAGACUGAAAUGAUUACAACUCCAACUGCAUUAGCAGAAGUUGUAACUAUUUGCAACUUGUGAAAAUUCAACCCAUGGUGUCCCCAGGUUUACAUGGAAAGACAGAUAUACUUGAAAUAUUUUUCUGAACUACAAUUCCUGUAAAGGCCUUUGUGUAAUAUAAAAAUGUACAGCUUAGAGGACAGCAGAUAAGGAUGGGGAAGGAAAAGGAAACAUGAGGUACAUGUGGUAUAUCCUUCAGAUCAUCCUCUUGCAUCAUAUUGCCAAGCUUAACAAAGAUAACGCCAGUGGGUGCAAACUGGGGGUACAUUCAGCACUUUAUGCAAAACUGGGUAGUUUUGCACGCUCUUACUGGUUUAUAGCUGCACAUGUCAUGGCUGUGACUUCUUAGGUAGGGUUAGCCUUUUGAAUCCUUGUGCUUCAUGGUCCUUUAACAUUUAUCUUGAUUGGUUAAUUAGGCUUCAGGUGCUGUAGAUAAAUGCUACUAACAGUAAUAUUAUCAGGUGCCUUUCUACGUAUGGCUAGGCUGUGUGGGUUUCUGUCUGCACGGGGUUUUUCUGUGGGUUUUGGGGUCUUCUUUUGUUUGUUGUUUCAUUUCUGUCUUUCUCCUUUACCUAGACAGAUAAAACAUCAUUUAAGUCAGUUUUUGGUUACAGUUGUGGUAAGUAAAACUUGUAGCAAUUCCAUUUAUAGACCUCAGGGAUCUGAUCAGCCCAUCAGCUGUGUUUUAGAAGUCAUGCUGAUGUGAAGGCAUGUGUGAUAAAUUAUCCAGGUCCUGGUUUGGUUUUGCUCUGCGUUGCUUUAAGAAUGAAAAAUUAUAUAUAUAUUAGAACAUGUACAUUUGUAUAUUUCAUAUCAUAUGUGGAUUCUAAAAUUGGCUAUGUUGUCCUUUCAUUGCUGAAGUUAUUACUAAAAUAGUUACAUACAAAUAGCUUUUUCUAAAAGUCUAGCCAAUUCAGUCAGCCAUUUUAUAACCUACAGUCCCGUGGCAUAACUGAUUGCACAGAGAUUAAUUUUGCAAUGUCAUUCAGGUAGGGGCUUGUCAUAAUGAUUCUUUGAGGUUUCCUUUGGUUUUACUUUGUGCAAUUCUAAAAUUAGACUGACUUUAGUUUCCUGUGAGACACUAUUUCUACUGUGGAUUCAGGGAGGAAACACUAUUAUUGUAGCUAGUAGUUUUUAUUACUUGGCAUGGGGAGAGAUGGUGUUACUUUUGGAAAAGAAAAUGGCAUGUGAUCCUUCCUAUCCUUGGAUCUCGGACUCCAGACCUUAGGCUUCCCCCCCAGGAAUGACAGUCAUCUGCAAGCUUACUACAGUGUUUUUAAACAUACUCUUAAGGCUGGGGCCUGCUACAGUUCUUUUUCUUUAUAUUACAGCCAUAGCACGUUCACUGCUAGUGGACACUGGAUGGCCUGUUAUUAUAAGCUGGCAUUUGAAGUAGUCUUCUGUAGACUUUGGGCCAGGGUUUGAGUUGUAUGGAUGAAAAUGCAGCUGGUCUGUAUUGGCAUUGUGUUCCUCACUUGCUCGUGUAGGCCUUUGUAAGCCAAGUGCAAAGCCUUGGUCAAAUAUUACAAUACUGAUGGCUCAGUGCUUUUAGCAUCUCUGAGGAAGUUAAAUGCUAUGUAGUAAGAAGUUGCAACAGUCCACAAGUGAUUAAAAGGCCAAAGCUUGUAGUGUUACUUCACUCAAAGAUGCAGUAUCAUACUAGAAGAUAGUAAGGCUGCUCUCUCCCAUAUAAGUCUAGCACAAAAAUCCCAUCCUCUAACUACAACUGCAACUUGUCAUCUAGCUUUUAUAAGGAUCUGUUGUUGUCUGUGGGGAAGGCAGUGAUCAGACAGGCAGCCUCCCUGGAGCAUAGGGCAUCACUUGUGCUCCAGGAAUGCUUGUGCUUCUCAUCUAUUUCCCUGAACGUAGGGGGAGCCUGGCUAUGUGUUAAGUAUGUACCUUUCUAAAAUGUUAGGGGAAACUGAGGCUUUUGUAUUUGCAUCUUGCCCCUCUUUGAAAAUUAGACUAACCUGGGCCUGGGGUGCAAUCUCUUAAUUCUUACUCUCCAGCUGAGUGUUCUCCUUGAGCACCUGCUGCCACAUCUUGCUUGAACUCAUCAGGUUUGUCUUAUGGGCAAGUAUAGCAAUAAAAUUGUCAUUUUCUACAAAUUUCUACAAAUCAGAACCUUGCAGGAAGGAGCAGGGUAAGCCCUUCUUUCAGAACUACAGCACCUGUGACAGGUACAUCCUGUUUUGGGAAUAGUGUUCUUGUCACAUUUCUGGGGCUAGAGAUGAUUUGAGUGGUUUAGGCUCUGCCACAGUUGUGUCAGUAAGUUGUUCUACAUGCUAUUAUAAACUUAAGGCUGUAACUCCUGGCAGUCUUAACUUGCUAAUUAAGUAGUGACAAAGGCUGAAUAAACUCUCCUUUUUCUGAACUAUGCAUUGAACUAGGAAAGCUGGCAGUAUUACUCAUAUUCAUUACUGUUUGCAUACAAAUGUACUUGUGUUAUCUCAGAUGCUGUCUUCACUGAUAAAUCUUCCAGUGUUUACCUAGCUGUUUUUUCAGUCUUAUGUCCUAAUGUAAAACUCUUUUAACACCUCCAUUUUUGCUCUUUGAAUUAAUCCUGAAACUGGUUCACUGUGUUAUCUUGUGGUUUUUUUUUUUUUUUUCUUUCUUGCUGUUCAUUGUCAGCUGAUGCUUUGCAGGGCACAAUGGCAUGAUUAGCUUUCAUCCCAAUUGUAUGUAUUUCUCUCUGGUUGUUGAAUUUAGUUUUAUUUUGAAACACUACACAAUCUUUUAAACUCUGUGUACAGGACACUUGCUAACUUGUUUGCCUUAGCAACUGCAAAAGGGAUCUGUAGAACUCUUGCCAGUAAACAUCUUGGAAAAAUGUUAAAUCAAAAUUUAACUUUUUUGGUUUGUUUGGGAAUGUAAAAUGGUAGCUCCUGUCAAAUUAUGUAUUAUUAUGAACACAGCAUUUCCUGAGAAUUUGCUGACUGUGACCAACAAGACUGCUAAUAUAGUGAAAGAAAAACUUAGGGGUUAAAGGUUCUUUAAAAGACAACGUGUAUUUCUGAGGUCAUAGGUUUCAAGCCUUUCUAAAAUAUAUCUGAACUUAGUAAGAUUUCUUAGCAAAAGCCUGCUCUACAUGGUAAAAUACACAGUUGGAGAUAAGGAUUGAACUGAUGGCCUUCAGCUGCAAAUAAACUUAGGCCAGACUCUGAUUACAAGGUAACUGCCAAUGUUAGCAACUUAAUGCUAAUUGCUUUGCUAUGUGAAAGAAACUGAAUGCUAUCCAAGAUACUUUUGGCAAACUAUAACAAAUUUAAAAAUGAACAGAAGAUAAUUUUUUUAAACAGAAUGGUGGAGUAAAUGCUAGAUGCAUUUAACAAGCUGUUAAUGACAAAAGAUGUCUUAUUUUCUGUCUUGCUUUUAUUAAUAGGAAGUUGAUAUUUUAAAGUAUUUUUCUAUAAAAAUGUCUAUGUGCAAAGGCAAUACUUUAACAUUUUUCAAGAACUUGUACUUUUAAACACUACAGACCAGAGACUGUCUACAUGGAGACUGAAGUUAGGAGCUUUAAAAAAAUGCAAUGUAAGCUUUAAUUUUUUAUAUUGUAAUAAUAACAACUUGCUGUCAACUUGUUUACAUAUUUUUAGGAGGGAAAGCUUCAUUAUGCAUUGAUUUAUCUUGAUACUGUCUUUAAUAAAUGCUGCUUUGAACAGAA